GGAGCAGACAAAGGGAAUCGGUACUCGUGACGUCAUCUCCCGUCGACACAGAGGAGCUCGCGCCCUUCUGAGGUGAAGGUUUGAUGGCUGCUGUUCUUGUAGAUGGGGCGCCUGCCUGCAGGAGAGAGAUCUUUUUUCUCCUGCGCAGCACAGUGCGAAAGUUUGCUUCACAGUCUGAUGGAGAAGCCAGAGUGGCACAGAUCCUUAAAGAGAAGUUCCCUCAAGCAGCAGCGAUCAAAGUGGUGGAUAUAUCAGGUGGCUGUGGAGCAAUGUAUGAAAUUCAUAUAGAAUCUGAAGAGUUUAAAGAAAAGAGGACUGUUCAGCAGCAUCAAAUGGUCAAUCAGGCUUUAAAUGAAGAGAUUAAAGCAAUGCAUGGGCUACGGAUCUUUACUUCUGUUCCCAAGCAGAGAGACUAGAGCUGGCGAGUGAUUCACAAGAUUUGUGGAAACGGGUGAGGCUCUGGGAGGAUGCCUGUGAGCACGGGAUUAUGCUUGAAUCUGUAUUAGAGGAUUUGUUCUGUUUUUUUCCCCUGGGAUCAUAUUUCAAAUAAACUCAUUGUGCAAGUUUACAAUGAAAAAAAA